CGACGAGCAGAUCGACCAAAUGUCAUCUUAAGAUACGCUGUUCCCCAGCUGUUCAUGAAUAAAAUUUCAGAAUCAUAUUCACCAGGUCCGAAGCUGACUCAGAUGUCCAUUGGGACUGUCAGCAUGCAAGUGACAUUACAGAUGCUGCAGUAAAUCACUUGUGAUGGCAACAGUUUAUUUUGAUUCUGGGCGGGAUGUAAAGUGAUAUGGCACAACUGAGGAUGAUCCAUUUCCUGAAUGGAAAUGAAUGACAGUACGAUACAAGGUAAACAAUAUUGAGAGUGACAUUGACAUUGGCCCCACCCAUCUCCUCUCAGUCCCCCAGAUGCAAGCCCUGCCCUGAAUAAAAUGCAGGAAAGGACUGAGCCACCCCACCAAAGAGCAGGCAGACAGCAAGGCACAGAGAGUGAGAGAGAGAAAGACACCCAUUUACAGCUUUACUGCCUUGUUCAGUCCGUCAGACUUACUCUCACUGCCACUUCUAUCUUAUCCGCUUUCUCUCGGUAGUCUUUUUGAAUCUUUGUCUCUCAUAGACACUCACACACUCAUUGAAAUACACUCAUUGAACUCAGCUCAUUCACAGGCACGGGUCAGGCAGCCUCACAUUUCACCUUGCUCUGCCCCUGGCUGAGAGGAGAGAGCCCUGCAAGGUGCAGCCAUCACACAGGACACAGGCUCCCGCAACGCUGUCAGGCUGGACUGAGGGACCUGGAUGGUCCGGGACAAUCUAACAAGAUCGAGACCUUUCCUUGGGAUGGAAUUGGCAAGUUCUCAUUCAUCAUUCUGAAGAGCAAGACAGCUGGUUGCGAGACUGAAGAGAAACACUUGAGUUUGAAAUUGGUCACUUACUUUUUCAAGGAUUUGUUUUACCCUCUCUUCCCAUGUUCCUGCUUUCGGGUUCUGCGUGAGGCAGAGUGCCCAGCGAAGACCCGCGUCAUGCCGACUACUUGUGCAAGGUGCACCUUGGGAGACUGACCCAUCAUGUGCAAAUGGACACCUACAACCGACCUCACCUUCGCUGGGUCAGCCCUCCCGUCUUAUCCUUUUUCCUUGGUAUGCCUGUCCCUGCUCUUUCUGGCUUGCUCUGCUCUAGGAGGUUGCCCACCUGCACUGGGGCAUGACCCCCUUCAUGCGCUGGCACAGGGCACAAACUGCUCAUGGACUCUGGAGCGGCACACGCGCAGCUACAACCACCUCGAGGGUGAUGUCCGCCUUCGACGCCUCUAUUCCGCCAACAAGUUCUUUCUCUGCAUCGAUAAGACGGGCAAAGUGGAUGGCACACGUCGGAAGAAUUACCCUGACAGUCUGAUGGAAAUCCGAUCUGUCAGUGUGGGAGUUGUCGCCAUCAAAUCUGUCAGCACCGGCCUGUACUUAGCUAUGUCCAAAAAGGGAACGCUCUUCGGAUCGGUCAGAUACAGCCCCAGCUGCAAGUUCAAGGAGCGCAUCGAAGAAAACGGCUAUAACACCUACGCCUCCCUGCGCUGGAAGCACAAGGGGAGGCAGAUGUUCGUAUCGCUGAACGGCCGAGGAAAACCCCGCAGAGGCCACAAAGCUAGACGGAGACACCCAUCUACUCAUUUCCUCCCUAUGCUGGCCACAUAGCUGGACUCUUCCUUAUGAGCAAUGCUAUGCCAUCUGCAUUUGAUGGGGACCUAUUAAAUGUUAUUAAGUUCUGGUUUGUCUGUUUAUUUUUUCCUGAGUACUGUCGCACAGUACAUUAACUUAUUAUUCCGUCUUCUGGCUCAGCCUAAGACCCAGUACAGUUUAAAGCAAGGCUGUUAAUAUGAUGUAUAUACAGGUUACGUAUUAAUGUUAUUGUUGAGUUAACUAGGCAUUUACUGCAUCUAUCUGUUCUUCUGUUAUGGCAGGUUUGUGACUGACAUCACCAACCCAGUCUCAUUGUAAAAAAAAUGUACCUGUACAUACAAUUCACUGCAGUUUCCAGCUGAAAUAAACACUAGUGGCAGUAAAACACUAACAUCCUUUUAUUCCUUUUCACACCAGUUAUGAUUAUGGGGCACUUUGUCUAUUAUAAAAGACAAAAGCAGACUAUUCUUUAGCACAAUGCAUGAUUUAUAAGCUAAUUUCUUAAUGUUUGAAUCACGUAACACGCUCUAUACACUACUGUUCAAAAGUUUGAACGCAUUAAAUUGAUCAAAAGUACGAGUAAAGAGGUUUAUAAGGUUAGAACAGAUAGUGAUUUCAAAUUUUCAUCAAAAAAAUCAUGAAAAAAAAAAAUGUAUCAUGGCUUCCACAUCCAUAUUAAGGAGCACAACUGUUACAUUGAUAGUUAGUUUCUUGAGCAAUGAAUCAGAAUGUUAGAAUGAUUUCACUGAAGACCGGUGUAAGGAUGCUGAAAAUUCAGCUUCGCAUCACUAAAUGACAUUUUAAAAUACACUUAAAUACAAAAUAGUUCCAAAACUUUGUUAAUGUUUCUGAAUAUUACUUUUUACAGUAUUUUUAAUCAAAUAAAUUCAGUCCUGGUGAGCAUAAGACAUGAAAAAACGUAUGAACGGGAGUUCAUGUAAUAUGUGAAGAUGAUUUUAAAGUGUCGUAUAGAAAGAAGUUAAAAUGGCGUGGUUGUUUCAGUGCGGUUUUAAUCUCACACUUGCUUUUGCUCACACCGUGGAAAGGGUUUCAUGUAGGGGACAUGUUUUUAUCAUCCCGAAAUCGACAGAGAAUUAGCCUUUUAGCGCCACUUACCUGAUAUUUCACUUCUGAAUUGCCGCGUUAUCUCGGAAUUGCGUCACGUUAGUUUGUUCCGGCUAAAACUAAACGCGCCUUUAGCGGUAUUUCCCUUGGGAACUGCAGUGAUUCGCGCUAAAAGUAACGUAAUAUCAUUUUGAAAAACUGCCGGCACUUUUUUCAUGAGACUAGGCUGGACAUAACGGUUGGUGACUGGUUAUUUUUCAAAAACAACUACAGGAAGUGGUUGUUUGAAAAUUCAUGAAAAAAAAGAAAAAAAAAUCCAAAACAAAUCGCUGCAGCCUGAAAUACGAACUUGGCAGCUACAGUAUGAGUAUGAAAGCCAUGUAUGGAAUGAUGUAACAAUGAAAAUCCCACAUAUUACCCUGCCAACAUGCACUGUAAAGACCAAUAAUGCAAAAAAAGAGGAACAUACUACAUCACAGUUGUAAAAGUCAGACAAAUGCAAAUAGAUUAAGCAUUCAGAUCAACUUUUAGCAUAACAGACUUCCUGUAGCACUCUGAAAAGGUGUUUUAUACCAUGUGUUCUUUUUGUCACAUUAACAUGUUUUCUUUUCACAACUUGUCGCAAAAUAGAACA